CAGCCAUAAUAGAUUCCUGUGCUAAUAUCUGCUGGAAGAUUGUCCACCACCGAAUCUGGGAAGUUGGCUGGAGAUACGAGAGAAGGGACAGAGGGAGGGAAGAGGAAUAAAAACAAAAUAAAAGGCAGAGGAGUCUUCCUUUUGAAACCAUGCCGCUGUGCAAAAAAAGCUCAAGGCAACUGCUGUUGAAGCUCAGCAUUGCGCUGGGAUCUGUAUGGAUGCUUUUUCUGGUCCUUCAGCCGGACAUAUCCCCUACCUCUGAGCUGGUUCAGAGUAACAACUGGUUGGUGUACAGGGAUUAUGAUUUUGGCCCAGAGAGAUCGUGCGACUGCUCAGCAAUCAGACGGGGACAGUGGGAGGCACUAAAGCAAGCAAAAUUAUUAAGCAUCACAAGAGACUUUCGGAAGAGUAUCCAGGUCCCUGAUGAGUAUUACAUUAAUGAAACCCGGGACUGCAGGAAUUACAAAACAAGGAGGAAAUACAUUACAUUUCCUUUAAGCAAAGAAGAGGAAGAGUUUCCUCUGGCUUACUCCAUCGUUGUUCAUCACAAGGUGCAGAACUUUGAAAGACUGCUCCGAGCCAUCUAUGCACCUCAGAAUUUUUAUUGUGUUCAUGUGGACAACAAAUCCCAGCCCUCCAUAAAAGCAGCCAUUGAGGGAAUUGUUUCCUGUUUCCCUAAUGUUUUCAUGGUUAGUCAGCCUGUGACUGUGGUCUAUGCUGCUUGGCCAAGGGUCCAAGCAGACAUUAACUGCAUGGCUGACCUGUAUAAAGUCAGUGCAGAGUGGAAAUACUUCAUCAACCUUUGCGGGCAGGACUUCCCUCUGAAAACCAACUUGGAAAUGGUAAGGGUGCUGCGCUCGCUGAAGGGCGCCAACAGCAUGGAGUCAGAAAACAUGCCUGAGGGGAAGAAGUGGAGGGUGUCAAAUGCUCAUGAAAUUGUUAAUGGAGAAAUCAAGUCAACAGGAAAGUCAAAGAGUCCACCACCCUUCAACCUGCCGAUUAAAUCAGGAAAUGCCUACAUUGUGGUAACUCGGGGCUACGUCCGCAGUGUUUUGAAAGACACCAGAGUAAAAACUCUUAUUGAGUGGAGCAAAGACACCUACAGUCCUGAUGAGUUUCUGUGGGCAACCAUUCAGCGAAUGGCUGGUGUACCGGGGUCAACGAGACCCCACUCCAAGUAUGAUCAGACGGACAUUAAUUCCAUUGCAAGGCUGGUGAAGUGGGCGUAUCAUGAGGGAUCAGAGCAUUCAGCUGUAUAUCCUGAGUGUCAUGGCAACCAUGUAAGAGCCGUAUGUGUAUAUGGAGCUGGGGACCUACAGUGGUUACUAGAGAACCACCACCUCUUUGCAAACAAGUUUGACACAUACAGCGAUCCCAUUCCAGUGUACUGCUUAGAGAAACAUCUCAGGCAGAAAGCUCUGAUAGAAUCAGAAAUUGAAGAUACCUUUUUGUUUUCAUAGACCACAUACAAAAUAAGUGCUGAAGGUACUUACAUGUGUUCCACUGUAAUACUCCUCUCCCUGCUUGUCAAAACUGAUCAUGUAUCAAAUCAUUUUAUCCACAUUAAUAAAGGAAUGUAUUAGAUAAUUUUUGUUUAAGAUCAGAUUGAUGGAUUUUUAAUAUACCUUAGCAGGAGGUCCCUAGAUUAAUCCCCUCGGUAAAGGUCUUAAAUUCUUAUCAAAACUGAUACUUUUUGGUUUAGUUGAGCCAAUUUGUGUUCAGGCUAUUACCCCUUAAAGAUUUGAAAAUAACAGGUUGGGGGAUAUGAAUGAUUUACUAAAUUCCUGAUGUUUGUGAUUUGGCCUAGAAUUCUUGACAUGCUGAAGUGGGACAACACACCUGGUGUGGCAGACAGAGAUUAUGGACAACUUACUCUCUGAUCUCAGAUUUUUAACAAAAGGCACAACAAACCCCAUAUUUGAAUUGCAAUGACCAUGUUUUGAUUUUCAUUUCAUAGGAAACAGGACCACCGCUGUCCAGUGACCAUUGUUUGAAAGAAGACAUAUGCUCAACAGUUCGUUAGACUAGGCUAAAUGGGUAAAAUAUUUUAGAAGAUGGAAAAUUCUGUCCUUGUAUAUGAAUAUGUGCUUCUUUUUUUUUCUAUUCCAAGAAACAACAAAAGAAAUCCACCUAAAAGAUUCAGCUAGUCAAUAAGCUUUCUUUUAGACUUAAACAACUUUUAAAGUAAUUUUGUAUACACAGUGUAUAAAAAAAGAAAUUUAAUUUUGAACAGCUCUCGAGACAUUUUCAUUUCAGCAGUAAUCAUGGUACAACGGUACUAUUAAGGUACGGUGUAUUUUACUAAGGUAAACAUCCAAAACCCUUUUGUUUGAUCAACAACUAUUUACUGUCACAAACUCCCUUCGCAAUGAAAUUAAAAUAGUUCCUUUCCUUAAUAAAAAUAUUUCAAGUUUAAUUUAUUGCAAAAAAAGCAAAACAAAUAGUCAAAUAUUAAAAGAAAGAUAUCUGUUUUUUAUUUUUAAAUUGAAUUCCUAAUUUUCUUUUCAUAAAAUUUUAUUUUUCUGCCAUGCAACACUUUCAGCAAAACCCAGUAAACUGAAGG